AUGGACAGACUACACUCUGAUCCCAGUUUACUUGUUUGCCCAGAUUUCAUGAGUGACCCGUAUCGCGUUAGUCGAGCGAGUCUGGUCACACCUACCAACACCGAAGCGCAAGCGGCAGAAACCUUGCGUGUGGUGUGGGUCACCACCAACAACACCUUAUGCGCUCAAUGGCAACAGCAAGUUGUAGAAGACGAAAGACUUCGAACUGAACAACAAUGUCAAGCCGAAGAAGAAGCCGAGAGACAACAACAGGCUCUUCGGCUCAAGGAAGAAGUUACCAAGGCUGAUGAGAAGAAGAAGAAUUGCAGCAAGCAUUUGGUCAUCCCUGUGCGUCCUCGUCCAGACACCACCGACGACGCAGCAUUGGUUUCCGACUUUGCCCUUCGCAAGAUCGACAAAGGGCAGUACGUCGAAUUGUACUACUGGACUAACAUAGGACUACAAGACGCACAUUGCUCCUAUCGCACCAGAGACGACGAAGGUAUGGUCCCUACCACCGGAGAAGAUGGCUCUACGGUCUGGGUCAAUGCAGGGGGGACCAAACCAUCUGACGGCGUCGUCGCGGAUCGCAACUUGUCAGUAGUGGACUUCACACAAGCCGUUCCGCGCAUGAUCGCCACGCUA